UCCCCAUGGCACUGCCAUCACUGCUGCUGGUGGUGGCAGCCCUGGCAGGUGGGGUGCGUCCUCCGGGGGCGCGGAACCUGACGCUGGCGGUGGUGCUGCCAGAACAUAACCUGAGCUAUGCCUGGGCCUGGCCACGGGUGGGUCCUGCUGUGGCACUGGCUGUGGAGGCACUGGGCCGGGCACUGCCCGUGGACCUGCGGUUUGUCAGCUCCGAACUAGACGGCGCCUGCUCUGAGUACCUGGCACCGCUGCGCGCUGUGGACCUCAAGCUGUACCAUGACCCCGACCUUCUGUUGGGCCCCGGGUGUGUGUACCCUGCUGCCUCUGUGGCUCGCUUUGCCUCACACUGGCACCUUCCCCUCCUGACUGCGGGUGCAGUGGCCUCUGGUUUUGCAGCUAAGAAUGAGCAUUAUCGUACCUUGGUUCGCACUGGCCCCUCUGCUCCCAAGCUGGGUGAGUUCGUAGUGACAUUACACGGGCACUUCAAUUGGACUGCUCGGGCUGCCUUGCUGUAUCUGGAUGCUCGGACAGAUGACCGGCCCCACUACUUCACCAUCGAGGGUGUCUUUGAGGCCCUGCAAGGCAGCAACCUCAGUGUGCAGCACCAGGUGUAUGCCCGAGAGCCAGGUGGCCCUGAGCAAGCCACCCACUUCAUCAGAGCCAACGGGCGCAUUGUAUACAUCUGCGGCCCUCUGGAGAUGCUGCAUGAGAUCCUGCUUCAGGCCCAGAGGGAGAACCUGACCAAUGGGGACUAUGUCUUCUUUUAUCUCGAUGUCUUUGGGGAGAGUCUCCGAGCAGGCCCCACUCGUGCAACAGGCCAGCCAUGGCAGGACAAUCGAACCCAGGAACAGGCCCAGGCCCUCAGAGAGGCCUUUCAGACUGUACUGGUGAUCACAUAUCGAGAGCCCCCAAAUCCUGAGUAUCAGGAAUUCCAGAAUCGCUUGCUGAUCAGAGCCCGGGAAGACUUUGGUGUGGAGCUGGCCCCAUCCCUGAUGAACCUCAUUGCCGGCUGUUUCUAUGAUGGGAUCCUGCUCUAUGCCCAAGUCCUGAAUGAGACAAUACAGGAAGGAGGCACUCGGGAAGACGGACUUCGGAUUGUGGAGAAGAUGCAGGGGCGAAGAUACCAUGGUGUAACUGGGCUGGUUGUUAUGGACAAGAACAAUGACCGCGAGACUGAUUUUGUCCUGUGGGCCAUGGGAGACUUGGAUUCUGGGGACUUCCAGCCCGCAGCCCACUACUCAGGAGCCGAGAAGCAGAUCUGGUGGACAGGCCGGCCUAUUCCCUGGGUGAAGGGGGCCCCACCUUUGGACAAUCCCCCCUGUGCCUUUGACUUGGACGACCCAUCCUGUGAUAAAACCCCCCUUUCCACUCUGGCGAUUGUGGCGCUGGGCACAGGAAUCACCUUCAUCAUGUUUGGUGUUUCCAGUUUCCUAAUUUUCCGGAAACUGAUGCUGGAGAAGGAGCUGGCUAGCAUGCUGUGGCGCAUUCGCUGGGAAGAGCUACAGUUCGGCAACUCGGACCGCUACCAUAAAGGUGCAGGCAGCCGCCUAACACUGUCGCUGCGGGGAUCCAGUUACGGCUCGCUCAUGACAGCCCAUGGGAAAUACCAGAUCUUUGCCAACACCGGUCACUUCAAGGGAAACGUCGUUGCCAUCAAACACGUGAAUAAGAAGCGCAUAGAGCUGACCCGGCAGGUUCUGUUUGAACUCAAGCACAUGAGAGACGUCCAGUUCAACCAUCUCACUCGCUUCAUCGGGGCCUGCAUAGACCCUCCCAACAUUUGCAUUGUCACGGAGUAUUGUCCUCGCGGGAGCUUACAAGACAUUCUAGAAAAUGACAGCAUCAAUUUGGACUGGAUGUUUCGCUAUUCACUCAUUAAUGAUCUUGUGAAGGGUAUGGCCUUUCUCCACAACAGCAUUAUCUCAUCUCAUGGAAGUCUCAAGUCCUCCAACUGUGUGGUGGAUAGUCGUUUUGUGCUCAAAAUAACAGAUUACGGUCUGGCUAGCUUCCGAUCAACUGCUGAACCUGACGACAGCCAUGCCCUCUAUGCCAAGAAGCUGUGGACUGCCCCCGAACUGCUUAGUGGGAACUCCUUGCCAACCACAGGCAUGCAGAAGGCAGAUGUCUACAGCUUUGCCAUCAUCCUACAGGAAAUAGCACUCCGCAGUGGGCCUUUCUACUUGGAAGGCCUGGAUCUCAGUCCCAAAGAGAUUGUCCAGAAGGUUCGAAAUGGUCAGAGGCCAUAUUUUCGGCCAAGCAUUGACCGGACACAACUGAAUGAAGAGUUAGUUUUGUUGAUGGAGAGAUGCUGGGCCCAGGACCCAGCAGAACGUCCAGACUUCGGGCAAAUCAAGGGCUUCAUUCGUCGGUUUAACAAGGAGGGAGGUACGAGCAUUUUGGACAACCUUUUGCUGCGCAUGGAGCAGUAUGCCAAUAACCUGGAGAAGCUGGUGGAGGAGCGCACACAGGCAUACCUAGAGGAGAAGCGCAAAGCUGAGGCUCUGCUCUACCAAAUCCUACCCCAUUCCGUGGCAGAGCAGUUAAAACGGGGAGAGACUGUCCAGGCAGAGGCUUUUGACAGUGUUACCAUCUACUUCAGCGACAUCGUGGGCUUCACAGCGCUGUCGGCGGAGAGCACGCCUAUGCAGGUGGUGACACUUCUUAAUGACCUUUAUACCUGCUUUGAUGCCAUAAUCGACAACUUUGAUGUCUACAAGGUGGAAACCAUUGGGGAUGCCUACAUGGUGGUAUCUGGCCUUCCAGGCCGAAAUGGUCAGCGCCAUGCACCAGAAAUUGCUCGCAUGGCCCUAGCAUUAUUAGAUGCAGUGUCUUCCUUCCGCAUCCGCCACCGACCCCAUGACCAGCUGAGGUUACGUAUAGGUGUUCAUACUGGGCCAGUCUGUGCUGGGGUUGUUGGUCUGAAGAUGCCCCGGUACUGUCUUUUUGGAGACACAGUUAACACUGCUUCUCGGAUGGAGUCUAAUGGUCAAGCUCUAAAGAUCCAUGUCUCCUCGACCACCAAGGAUGCCUUGGAUGAGCUAGGAUGCUUCCAGCUAGAGCUGCGUGGGGAUGUGGAGAUGAAGGGAAAAGGAAAAAUGCGAACGUAUUGGCUCUUAGGGGAGCGAAAAGGACCUCCUGGCCUCCUGUAAACCCCAAGCCAGACAAUCUCCUGCUGCUGGUACUUUGGACAAUGACCACCGUCUCUCCAUACAACAAAAACAGACAUUGUCAUAUGAGAUGGAAAACACACACACAUACACACACACAGACAGACAAAAAACAAAAACAAACAGAAAAAAAAACCCAGAAUUCUACCAUAUAUGGAAGUCAUUGCCCACUGCAGCUCAGCUUGUACAUAUACCUGCCCCCUCCCUGGCUUCUUGUAAAUAUCUGUAUCUAGACCAGAAUAUUUUGUCCAAGUAUAAAACAACAACAACAAA